AGCGGACAGAUGUAGUUACUUCCACAUCCAGCGUCCUAUGCAAUGAUUGAAUCUUCUGUUGAUCUGCGUACCUUUACCUAUGAGCCUUUGCAGAACCCGUCGGAAUGGAUAAGACUUGCACAUAUCCACUCGCCUCUAGACGGCGACUCAUCCAAUGUCAUUUCAAUCACUUUAAAGUCUUUCCGGCGCGCGCCUGAUUUGCAUUACGAUGCUCUAUCCUACACAUGGGGAGAUAGUACGAAAACAGAACCAAUAGUCGUUAAUGCGUCGAGGUUCGAGGCUACCAAAAACCUUAUUGCGGCACUACAACAACUUCGCGAUUCAAGACUGGAUAAGAUUCAGAGGAGUAAUCUCAUUUGGAUUGACGCUUUAUGCAUUAACCAAAACGACGAGGAAGAAAAAUCAAAACAGGUGCAGAUGAUGCGUAACAUCUUUGGCAGUGCUGUUCAGGUUCUUGUUUGCCUUGGUCCCGCAGACAAACAGCUCCAGAACGGCCUUGAAGCUGUAGCGACAGUAGCACAAUCAUGCGCACAGAGGUGGAUGAGCCGUCCCUUCGACAACUCCUUCCCUUGUGAAGAAGAUAUCAAUGACUUUCACGAGAUUCUUAACAUUCUCAGGACACAACGCUCAGAUUACUCGACGCUCAGCUCGAUUCAACAUGUGUAUCAACAAUCGUGGUGGGAGCGAGUAUGGGUAAUUCAAGAAGUGGCAGUUGGAAAACAGGCCUGGGUAAUUGGUAGGAACGCUGCAGUAGACUACAAGUGGUUCGGCUGCUUCUACGGCUCAGUCCAAAGGUUAUCGGUAAUAUCAAGAAUGGGCGGCCAAGAGCUUACACGGGACUGGAACGAGAUCAUUUGGACUCUGGUCCAUUGCACGCAGCGCACUUAUUGCGCUGUCCGACCAUGGACAGAAAUUGGGCAUACAGAUUUGCUGGCUGCACUUAUCUGGCUCUUUGUGACGGGACGCAACUGCGCCUCGGAUCCAAGAGACUUGUUCUAUGCGCUUGGUGGCCUUGGAGUCGGCGUUGAUGAAGCAAUCGGACGAGUAGAUUACACUUUGCCGUGGCCAGAAGUGCAUGCCGCCGCAGCACAACAUUUACUUUUGACCCGUGGUCUUUCAGUUCUGUCUUUUUGCACAUACAAUGAAGACAGGCAGAUGAACGAGCUUCCAUCUUGGGCUCCGGACUGGACUCAGCAUGUGCCGUGUCCCAUUGUGUUCAAUAACUUCAACGACAUGGAAACACUCUAUUUGGCUUGUGGAACAACCUCACAAUCUUUGGAAAACAGAUUUACAGGGAAACAUCUAAAACUUUCUGGAUGCCGUGUAGCAUCUAUAGAGGCAGUCUCCGAAAUCUCGAGAAUUCCACAGGGUGGCGAGAACACUGGUGAAGCAAUUGUUUCGGCUAUGAGAGAACUGCGUUCCAACAUCAUUGAAUUUGCAACAUCUUUAGAGCUGCCAGAUAAUCUUAGAGAUGCGAUUGUCAUGCGCGUCAUGUCUGGUGACACUGAAUAUACGAAUGAGCGAAAGCGGCUACUUAUGCCUGCUGACGAAUCCGCCUACCAAGCAGCGAUGAGAUAUAUUCAACUGCCUCUAAGAGAUGAACCGGGAUACGAUAUGAGCUUUGAAAAAGCGACGUCCGAGUUCCAUGCUGGUAAUCGUUACAUACGAGCCGUGGAUUGGGUAGCAGAAUCUCGCCGCGUAUUCAAAUCUUCCGCCGGGCAAAUUGGGCUUGCACCUCAAGCUACGAAAAGGGGCGAUCUACUAUGCAUCUUUCUGGGGGCAACAGUCCCUUUCAUUCUCAGAGAGACAGGCGAGGACGCAUACCUUCUGAUAGGCGAAGCUUAUGCUGACGGCAUUAUGGAUGGAGAAUUCAUGAAAGCUGACCCUAAGACGGAGCUUUUUACGUUGACUUGAGUAGGAUUGCCUCAAGAGCUUGGUAGCGGUUUUUUUUCAUUGGCUAUGUCGGUCAUUUACGUCGGUUUAUUGCAACUGUAGCUCAUCAACAUAAGGCAAUUCUGGAAGACAACAACGACAAUGAGCAAUCUGGUCCAGCGAAAAAGAGAUAGGGUGUGAUAGAAGAGAGGAAACAAGGGCUUUCGGUCAGAGUUGCCAGGUUGACUUCUACGAUUGCGAAAGGCUGGCAUUUAGAAUCACCUUGGAGAUGGAUGACGCAAAGGUAAGGAAUUUGUGCUCUUGAAAUGAACUUGAUUCUGCUGCCGUGCAAACGAAAGUUAUAUAUAUGGGAAUUUGUACGUCUUCCACCGGUUCAGCAGAUUCUAGUCCUCACAUGUGCCCUUCACAUUACGCUCAUCUGG